UCUCAAUCUCAUAAUUAACUUUGCUUUUGCUCGGUUAAUAGUUUACUUUCAUAGGAAUAUCUUUGCAAACUCAAAGUUAAAAAGUUCUAAUAAAUUCAUCUGAAAAUGAGGAUCUUCGUUGUAACUUGUGUUCUUUCCUGCGCCUUCAUGGCAUCCGCUUCACCUCUUCUUUGCGGUGGUGGAUUAGGCGGUCUUCUUGGUGGAGGAUCCAGCUCUCGUAGUGGUGCUAGUGCUAGCUCUGGCUCUGGCUCAGGCUUCGGUAUUGGUUUCGGAUCUGGCUCUGGCUCUGGUGGAGGUGGAUCCGGUCUUGGUCUUGGUCUUGGUCUUGGUUUAGGUGGAGGUUCCGGUGGAGGUGGAAUCGGUAAUCUUUUAGGUGGUGUUACUGGCAGUAUCGGAGGUCUUACUUCUGGUAUUGGUGGAACCGUUCGAGGAGCUUUAGGUGCUGUUGGUGGAAUUACCAGUGGAGUUACUGGUUUACUCGGAUCUAAAGUUAACACAGCUAUGAAUGUUGCUAAUGGUUUACAAGGUUCUAUCUCCAACACUGUUGCUGGUGCCUCUGGUUCAAUUCGAGGUGUAGCUUCAGGUGCUGCCAAUGCUGCUGCUAAUGCUGCUGCCUCUGCAACUGGAUCACUCCGAGGUAUAGCCUCUACCGCUGCCAAUGCUGCUUCAUCAGCAACCGGUUCAAUUCGAGGUGUAGCUUCAGGUGCUGCUAAUGCUGCUGCUAAUGCUGCUGCAUCUGCAACUGGAUCCAUCCGAGGAAUCACUUCAGGUUUCGGUGGCGCUUCAUCAGGUGCUUCAAGCCAAUACAAUUCAAGAAACCAACGUCGAUCUCAAGAAUACGAAGCUCAAGCUCAAGCUCAAGCUCAAGCUCAAGCUCAAGCUCAACGCCAAGCCCAGAUCCAACGUCAAGCUCAAGCUCAAGCUCAAGCUGAAGCCCAACGUCAAGCUCAAAUCCAACAACAACAAGAAGCCCAAGCCCAAGCUCAACGUCAAGCUCAAGCCCAAGCUGAAGCCCAACGUCAAGCUCAAAUCCAACGACAACAAGAAGCUCAAGCUGAAGCUCAACGCCAAGCUGAAGCUCAACGUCAAGCCCAAGCCCAAGCUGAAGCUCAACGACAAGCCCAAGCCCAAGCUGAAGCUCAACGACAAGCUCAACUCCAAAGACAAGCUGAAGCCCAAGCUCAAGCUCAACGUCAAGCUCAAGCUCAAGCUGAAGCCCAACGUCAAGCUCAACUCCAACAACAAGCUGAAGCCCAACGUCAAGCUCAACUCCAACGACAAGCUCAAGCUCAAGCUCAAGCUCAAGCUAGCUCUAGUCAAUACAACUCAGGAAACUUCGGUGCUUACCAAAACCAAGGAGAAGCUGUACGAUCAGCUGGAAAUGGUUACUACGAUAAUGCCUCAAGCUCCCGAGGUUUCGAUAACUCACAAUCUGCAUUCCACGGACAAGCUGCCCAACAACAAUCUCAGUUCCAAGCUGGUGCUGGUGGAGUUCAAGGAUCUCAAUCAUCAAACUCAAAUGAAUUCGAUGGUUCAGCAUCAAGAAGCUCAGGCUAUGACAACUCAAACGCUUCCCGAGGUGGAGCCUCAUUCGAAGCUGAGCAAGGUCGAUAUGCCAACUCUGGUAUCAAUGGUGCUUAUGAAAAUGGUGCUUCAAACUCUGCUUCAGUUGCCGUUCAACACUAAGCAUUUUAUUUAAAUACUAAACCAUUUCAUUGAUUAUGUACCAAAUGUUAUUUAAUAAAUGACAUUAAAACAAAUA